UUCUUUUUUUCGUUGCUGUUUAAAUUAAAAUAGAAAAUAUACACAACGCCUUCAUCUUGUAGCCUAUUUUUACAAGUGUAAAGCAAGAGACUGCAAACUAUACCAAGAGCAACAACUGUAGCAUAGUAAAAUUAACGAAAACGCGUGCAAAGCACACAACACAACUUGAAGUAACGGUUACAAGCCGGAUAGAACAGUGUGAGAAAAAAAUGUGCUUUGCAUGCAUGCAGUAGGACGACAAAAACUGAAUGCGCGUGUAAAAUUGAAAUUAAAUUCAACAAAUUUAUGUGAGUGACGCGUGCAACAAACUAAACAUAAACUGCAUCUACUACAAUUUCGGCAGGGUGCAACCCGAGAUUUUCAUCAUUGACAGGGAAUAAUGAAUCGAUGAUUAUUUGCGUCAGCUGAAACGGCCGCCGCAUCUGCUUGCUGUCUGCGUAGUGAAGUGCCGAGUGGUGCCAAAUCCUUAUUACCAACAAGAACAACAACGUCAACAAAAGCAACAAUAGCAACAACUAUAAAAGCUAAGCAUACCAUUUUGGCCAGCAAACAUGUUUGCCUGAGGCACGCCAGACAACAUUUUUGGGCAGCCGCAUCAUCGAGUCGAACAUUGCUCAAAGAAAGGACACUCGCUGCGCAGCACAAACCAUUGAGCGUAUGCCAGAGAGCGACCACGGUGGGAGAGUGAAAGAGCGAGAAAACGAGAGCGAACUGAGAGCAAGUGGUGAGGCAAGCCGCUUGGAGCUUGGAGCUGUUUGCUGUUUUGUUGCUUUGGCCGGCACAACAAGAGGCCAAGAGGCGAAGAGGUGCGAGCAUACGGAAGUGGCGACAUCUGUUUUGCCGCUUUGUCAGCUUAUCCGGCAGCCGAUGCUGUAGCCGACGACAGGCGACCGCAGCAGCAACAACGACCACGAGGACGACGACGCCGACGCUGAGAAGGAGCGCGCACGACGACGGGACUAACGGCAACGUGAAAUACAAGUGUGGAAAUUGGAAUUUUUAUUCAAAACAAUGCCCCUGCUGCAACAGUACGAGACGCCUGAUUGCAACGCGGCUGGCGGCAAUAUGCGUGCCUUGAGCGGCGCCAGCUCUAGUGAUUUACUGCAGAAACAUUCGAUUAGCUCAAUACUGGAGCAGCAUCAGCAUCAUCAUCAACAACAACAGCAACAGCAGCAGCAGCAGCAGGAUCUAUUGGCUAGACGCGCCGAUGCCAGCGAUGGACUAAUAUCAUUCAUAAAUGAUCCAAUCACACUGAACGAUCUGCUUGGUUUGUGUGGCGGCAGCGGCCCUGCAAUCGCAGCCCAGGCAACAACAGCACCAGCCCCAACAAAAGUAGCAACAACGGCAGCUGGCAUUGCAAGCGGCGCCGGAGGUAACGGCAGCAGCAGCAGCAGCGGCGUUAAUAACUUGCUACUUGGCAAUUCGGCGACUGCUGCAGCUGCCGCUGUCGCUGCCACUGGCGAUUGCGGUCAAUUGUCGGCGACUGCCGCGUCCUAUGCACCACUGACACCUAGCUCAACUCAGUCCUCGGCCUCGCCAGGCACCAAGUCAAGUUUUGAUUACUUUCAGUUUGAAAAUGUUGCACAAAGUAACCCACUUAAGGCUUUCCAAAGAUCAAACAUCAGCUUCGAUUGCUCUGCACCCUUAUCGCCAAGUACGCCUUCAUCUAUUUACAAUCGCUCCUUUCACAGUUCACCUUUAGUCAGUGAUAGCAGCAACUCCUCCAGCGCCAAUGGCUUAUCGUUAGAUUCGAUUAAUAUGCUGUACCAGCAGCAGAACUUCAGCAACUUGAGCGGCAGCAACAGCGGAAAUCUCGGACUGAAUCUACAGAAUGCAUCCACACGCUCUAAUUCGCCAGAGAGUCAGAACAGCAAUCAGUCCUUCAACGAGCCCAAUCUUUUGGACAUGAUCAAUCUGCUCUCGGUGAACAGUAAUAAGCUCGCUUCUUUACAACAACAUCAGCAACAUCAUUUUCAACAGCAGCAGCAACAACAACAGCAACAGCAACAGCAGCAGCAGCAACAGCAGCAGCAGCAGCAGCAGCAGCAACAAUUGCAGCAACAGCAAAAACAGUUGCAACAACACCAUCAUCAACAGAAGCAGCUACAACAGCAGCAGCAGCAACAGCAGCAGCAGCAGCAGCAGCAGCAGUUGCAACAACAACAACAACAGGCUCAACAUCAGCAGCAGCAACAGCAGCAGCAACAACAACAACAGCAGCAACAACAGCCGCAGUUUAACAACCUAAAUCGCAACUAUGAGUCGCAGCUGUUAAGUGGAUCCCAGCAAAAUUUCGAUUUGAACAGUGAUUGCCUGAAUCAAUGUAGUCUUGAGAACUUUUCAAUAAUGGAUAUGGAGCUAGCCAAGUUGCAGAACUUGCAACGGAUCAAUACGCUCAAAUUGUUGCAGGCACAAACGCAACAAAUGCCAUUGCUUAAUCAACUGCUACAAAGCUAUGCGAGCAAUUUGCCUACUGCCGGCAGUUCAAACAGUCUUAAUAACACUUCAACGCCCAGUUUGGGCAAUCUUGUUGGCGGUACUGGCAGCACUGUUGGUGUGGCACCGAGUGCUAUUAGCAGUGCCACUGAUUGGCAUCUGGAUCGCGUUGCCAAGUUUUAUAAGAACUCGGCGGCAAUAUGUGAAGCAACAUGUACUUGGAGUGGGCAACUGCCGCCGCGUUCCCAUCGCAUGUUGAAUUACUCUCCCAAAGUAUUUCUAGGAGGUAUACCUUGGGAUAUCAGUGAGCAGUCAUUAAUACAAAUCUUUAAGCCUUUUGGUUCCAUAAAAGUGGAAUGGCCCGGCAAAGAGCAGCAAGCGGCACAACCCAAGGGCUACGUCUACAUUAUAUUCGAGUCUGAUAAGCAGGUGAAAGCUUUGCUUUCAGCAUGCGUAUUGCAGGUUGAUGACUCCCAUUGUGGCAGCAAUUAUUUCUUUAAGAUUUCGUCUCGACGCAUCAAGUCGAAAGAUGUGGAAGUCAUACCUUGGAUUAUUGCCGAUUCAAAUUAUGUGAGAUCAAGCUCUCAAAAGCUGGAUCCCACUAAAACUGUAUUUGUGGGCGCCUUGCACGGAAAACUAACUGCAGAGGGAUUGGCCACAAUUAUGGAAGAUCUAUUUGAUGGCGUACUCUAUGCUGGUAUUGAUACAGAUAAAUACAAAUAUCCAAUUGGCUCUGGGCGCGUAACUUUUAGCAACUUUCGCUCGUAUAUGAAAGCUGUGUCGGCCGCCUUCAUUGAAAUCCGCACCACAAAAUUUACGAAGAAGGUUCAGGUGGAUCCGUAUCUGGAAGAUGCACUCUGUUCAAUUUGCGGUGUACAACACGGGCCGUACUAUUGUCGGGAACUUUCCUGUUUUCGUUACUUUUGCCGCAGUUGUUGGCAAUGGCAGCACAGUUGUGAAAUUAUUAAAAAUCACAAGCCCUUGACAAGAAAUUCGAAGUCGCAAACCCUGGUUGGUAUUGGCCCGUCAGCGUCAUCAUCUACAAUUUCGUUGGCGUCGUCGGGCCAUCGGUUGAGUAUCGAACAGAAGCUGCAGCAACUUGGUCAUCAUAGUAACCAACAGCAGCAGCAACAGCAACAACCGCAGCAGCAGCAGCAACAACCGCAGCAGCAGCAGUCGCAACAGCAGCAGCAGCAGCAACAGCAGCAGCAGCAAAAACGUAUUCAGCUUCAGCAACAUGCCAAUCAGCAGUCAAACAACUUGAAUCUCUUGUCAACAGCUGGAAGCAACAAUUCUGCAGCCAAUUCUUUGUACAAAUAUCAACAACAGCAACAUCAGUCGACGAUUUAAGUGUGUGUCUACCUUAUACUUUGUACGCACUUUCAGCGUGCCGUUUUAAAUAGUUCCAUAUUUAUGUUCAUAAUGGGAUCUAAUUUUGAAUUUUAAGUGAUACCAAAAUUUAUGCACUUUUAGGCAACAGGAAGCUUAACCUUUCCGAAUGGACAGAUUUGGACGAAAAUUAUUUGUGUUGCACACCCAAUCACAAUGAAUCUUGUAAAGUUACUCAUUUAUUUGAUGUAUUUACUUAAACGGUACGAUAUUAAGUAUAUGUA